AUGAGCGCGUCGUCACCCUACCGAAGCUCUCCAGUCAGCAAUGAUACACGCUUGCGUCAGUCGCGUCGUGAUGAGGCGAUCCGUAAGCGUAUCGAGAAUGAGCUGAGCAGGAAGGCAGGAAAGCCACUGACGCCACAGCAAAACCGUCGCCGAAACCAGGUGCAAGCCGGCACGGUGUCGGCGCUGCGACCCUCCCCAGCGCUCACAGUUCCUCAGAGUAUGAGUAUUACUGAUGCUAGUCAACUAUGUGCCGCAAAGCGUACUGAUUGCGUGUUGGUCGUCGAUGAUGAAGAGCAUUUGGCUGGUAUCUUUACGGCAAAGGACCUAGCGUACCGACAGAUUGUCGCUGGCGGAAUUGAUCCACGAAUGACGCCUGUAAGUGCCAUUAUGACCACAUCGCCUAUGGUGACGCGUGAUACGACGAGUGCGACCGAGGCACUCAACACGAUGGUCACGCGUGGAUUCCGUCACUUGCCUGUGUGUAACGAAGAUGGUGAUGUGAUUGGUUUGCUCGAUAUUGCGAAAGUGUUCUAUGAAGCCCUGGAAAAGUUGGAGCGGGCUCAUGGAUCUUCACAGCAGCUCUACUCAGCCCUGGAAGGCGUUCACAACGAAUGGGGUGGUGGUCCGCAAGAUGCCAUGAUGCAGUAUGUCGAGGCACUUCGUCAGCGGAUGAACAUGCCGGAUUUGUCCACAAUUCUGGACUCACGUACUAUGCCAUGCACUGUGGGUGUUCGUACCUCGGUACGCGACGCUGCUCGUCUCAUGAAAGAGCACCGCACCACGUCAGUCAUUGUGAUUGAGAAUGUACCGAGCACACAUAUGGAGCGUGGUACCACCACAGCCAAGAUCGCGGGUAUUUUUACGUCGAAAGACGUGGUUCUCCGUGUGAUUGCAGCUGGAUUGGAUCCGGAACGAUGCAGUGUAGUGCGCGUGAUGACGCCCCACCCUGAUACCGCGCCGCCCUCCCUUUCGAUUCAGGAAGCGCUUCGCAAGAUGCACGAUGGUCGUUAUUUAAACUUGCCUGUCGUGGAUGUCGAUGCGCGCCUCGUAGGCGUCGUGGAUGUGCUGAAAUUGACGUAUGCUACACUUGAGCAGAUCAACAGUAUGAACGGGGAAAGUGACGAUGGUGGUCCAAUGUGGAACCGUUUUUGGAACAGCUUCAGCCAGGGCUCCAACUCCAUGUUUGGUGAGGAUACGAGCGGUGUGAGUGGGUCCCUUCCCGCCCAUACAUCGCCAUCGGCUGCAGGUGGCCUAGACAUUAGCUCUGAGGUACAUCCGAACGACAGCGCAAGUGCAGUUGGCGCUAGCACGCACGAUGGUGGGUCUGCGCUCGAUGCGGCACCUCUGGUGGAAGCUGACGAUGGCACAUACCUGUUCAAAUUUGUGACGCCAAGUGGCCGCGUACAUCGGUUCCAAGCACGCUACGAUUCGUACGAGACUAUCCGUGAGAUCGUAACGAUCAAACUAUCUGGAGAUCCUUUCUUUUCUCAUACAGGUUCGUCUCGAGACAAGCCCGCCGAACCCGUUCCGACGGCGUUCGACGAGGAUGGUCGUUUGCCGAUACAUAUCUUUACACCUCCUUUGCCUACAGGUUUCCAGGUGAACCCGCCUGAUACAGAAGACUUUACCCUCGCGUACAAGGAUGAUGAUGAUGACCUUGUCUUGAUCACCGCUGAUGGCGAUGUACAGGAUGCUGUGAAGGUGGCGCAGCACCAAGGACGUGAUCGUGUUGUGCUCAUUCUCCAGGGCGGCAGGUCUUGGGACGAAGUGAUGGCUCGCGACGGUGCACACAGUGCCUAUACGUCGGCGACGGCGGGUCAAGGCCGCCAGCAUCACCAGCAUGCCCAGGACGAGGUAGUUCAUCAACCUAAGUCCGAAAAGCGUGGCCAUGCAGGUGCCUCGGAUUUGCUUUUCGGGUUUCUACCGAGAGACAUGGCCUUGCCAGCGGCCAUUGGAUUUGCGAGUGUCGCCGGCAUUGCUGCCGCCUGUAUUGUCAAGUUUGGUGGUCGGCCAUGA